GCGAUUGUAUGUGUUGCGUCCAAGUGUGUAUGUGUUUGUACUCAAUUUUUGCAUCAACCGAACAUUUGUGGUCGUGAAAUUGAUACCCAUUUUGGAAUGUUGGCACCUGAUAUGGCGGAGAGGUAGUAACUUCAAUGUGAGUUAUAAUUCAGGAUUCUUAAGCGUGGUAUGUGUGUAAAGUUACAUAUGCAGGUAUGUGUUUGUAGUGAAUUUUUUCAGCAGCUAAACAGAGCGAGCAGGUCUGCUGAAAAUCAAUACCGGGCAUGUAGGCAUAAAUGAACAUGAAUUUUAUGAGAAAACAUAGCCCUUAAUAGUGCUUAAUGGCAAAACUGGAUUCAUGUAGCCAACCCCAUAAAUGUUGGGAAAAGAGUUUGUUCAGUGCCGCACAAAUGGUUAAACACGAACAAUGCAGUGAUAAGGCUACUAACGAGCUCUGAUAUGUUGGUUCAUUUUCAGUUGUUGAUGUUCUUGUUCUGUAUGUUCAACGAUCAUAGGCUAAUUCAACAAGUUAGAGUUGAAGGUCUUUAUACAAUUUGGCAAUUUGGCUUUGUUAACCGGGCUGUUGGAAGAGGUGGAUGGGUACAGUCUAACCUUCAGGCAUUAUACUCACGAAAUCAUUGUUUUCAGAUUUGACCCAAUAACCUUUCUGCUGCUAGCCCGAGUAUUUUAUCACUGCAGAAAACAAUGACCACUAUCGCACAAGUUAGAGUUGAUUAAUUUGGGGGCAACAAUGUUAGGUCCCAGGCCUAAUGCUGAGUGUUUAUAUCCGUAAUUUGUUCAUUCUGUUUCAUAUUGGCAGUCUCAUUUGCAGUGGCCUGCCAUUCAGUCAUGGGAAUUUGAUUGAAAGCAAAGUUUUGACUGUUGGAGAGGAGCUGUGGAAGGCAACGCUGCCAUUACAAAUGGGCUCCCGACUUUACCAACUGCAAGGGCUUAAAUCACAUACGUGCUUUUCUAUACAACUGAAGAGAGGCAAUUCAGAACUGGGGCUGAACCGGCAAAGGAAAUUACUCAACACUGGAAAGUUAAUUUUCAAGAGUGAUGACCUGGACUUGUUUACUAACCAGGGUGGAAUGUAUGUCCUGGUGACUGUGGAGCCUGAGGGGAUUGUUGCAAUACCACACGGACAAGAGAGGGAAUAUGUCAUUUAUAAUAUAGGUAAUUCUGAUAUUCUUUUCUAG